UCUGCAAGCACUGAUUGAACCGCGGGCGUUGCCAUGGCUACACGAAUACCCAAUGAGAAGCUCGCGGUGGACUGUUGCUGAAUGAAAAUAACAGAGGCCAUUUUGCGCACGAAGCCACGGCAUCAUUCAGUAAUAUUAAAAACGGAAACGGGAGGCAGGUUCAGUCCAUCUCUGGAUAGCGUGUGCUUUUUAGAGCCGGUAGAGUGGUGUGGGGCCGCGGUGCUACUGGCGCUUAAAAAAAGGCAUGCGGUAACUAAUUGUGCCGCCGCGUCACCUCUUCCUUUCCUUGGAGGUUUGUGCCGUGAGGAAAAGGGGGACAGGAUAGCUUCACCGCAUUGCUAUACACCGGGGCGCCCCAGCAGUGACCCCCGAGAGAGGGAGUUGCCUUUAGUUAGCUGACCGACACCGGCAACAUCCAUGCGCGUCGAAAAACAGGUGUACGGUUUCAUCACACGGACACUGCACUAGCUUCCGAGCCGCCGUGGCUCGCUGCGUUUGUGAGUGUACCUACUUUUGCGCUUGUUCGAGUGAGGACUUCAGUCAUUUCACAUGGAAGAGGCUGUUUACUUGAUGAUACGUUGCGGAAUUAGUCGAGCGAAGCGGCAGUCGUUUUAAAGGCAUUGAAAGGGGAAAGAUCUGGGAAUAAAGCUCGACCAGGAGGAGAGGCUUAUCCUGAGCAGAGGGAAGAAGAAGAGGAAGAAAAAACAAUCAGAGCAGAAGAAAAGAAAGAAGAAGGAAAGACGCUUGCGCACAGAGCUCACCUGCACCUGACUCUUCUUAGCAAGUCUCCAGUCUUUUGGUUUUAUGACGGAAAGUGUGUCCCCCUGCAGUAGAUCAGUAAAAAGUGCUCUUCAAUAUGAAUACAGAUAGCGGAGGAUACGCUCCCAAAACCGUGGCCUUGUCACUCAUACUCUCUCCCAUGAAGAGGGUCCAGAGCUCACCAAAUCUAGCCACAGGGAGUGACUCUCACUCAUCAGACUUGGAUUCUUGGCGGUCACGCAGUGCAACAGAUGGCCUUAAGAAUGGAGACGCCAGCAGCUCAUCUCUUGCUGCUAAAGGCUUCCGCAGUGUUAGACCCAACCUGCAAGACAAAAAGUCACCAACACAGGGGCCUCCAUCCCCCGACCCCUCAGCACCGCACUCCCCCUACCGCUGCCACAGUUCAGAAUCGCUUGACUACCUGUCAGGCCUAAUGCCCAAGACCCUAUCGCCCACCCCAUAUGUCGCUAGCGGAGCUGGCAGCACAGCUGGCACAGUCAGCGGGCCGAGCUUUACCACAGUCAGCAGCGUGAGCAUCGGUGGCUGCGUGUCCCCCUCAGCCUCCCCCGUGACAGUGUCUGCUCUCAGCCACUACUCGUCGUCCACGGCGGGUCUGCUGGAUGAGCUGCAGAUCUGUAGUCUGGACUCACCUGGCGCAUCACCCACGCCGUCGCCCACCCUCAGCCAUGUCUCUGCCUACACAUCCACUGCUGGCCCUGAUGAUGUGCUAACAACCCCUGUGACCUCCACUGCUGCAGCAGCCACUGUCACUAACGGCCAGGUCCUCUCUCACGCUAUGAAUGGAAGCACUAGCCAUCCACAGAGACCUCUCUCUCCCCCAUCCUAUCCUCCUCCCCCCGCCUCACUCCACACUGGGCUCCAGAGACAGAGCAGGAGUUCGGAGGGCAGUGAGUCUGUCACUAGAGAGUCUGUGGUGUCAGGCCACACCAGCGUCAGCAGCACCGUGCCCAUUGCCCGCUUCUCGGAAGAGGAAAAAAAGGUUUCCAUCAUUAAAGCCCCUCAUUAUGAAGGCAUCGGCCCUGUGGACGAGUCUGGCAUUCCUAUUGCCAUCCGCACGACGGUGGAUAGGCCUAAGGAUUGGUAUAAGACUAUGUUCAAACAGAUCCACAAGGUUCACAAAGCAGAUGAUGACUACUCUGACACAUACAAUGCAACAUAUGCUGUCAUAAACAAUGAUGACUACAGCCCGUCAUCCACUGCCACCAUGGCCCACCCGGCUCCCCGAACACAUACUUACAGGCCACUAUCCAAGAGCCCCUCAGACAACGGAGGGCAUCUGGGGCCUCGGGAGCCUUCUCCUUCCCCUGUACCCCCUCCACCUCCACCCAUGCCAUCCCUCUUGCAGCUAAGGGCCAGAGAUAGCGACCGCGAGAAAGACUCCCUAGACACGAAUGAAUGGGGUCCACCCGACAGGAAAGUGGACACACGAAAGUACCGUGCAGAGCCUAAGAGUAUUUUUGAGUACGAGCCUGGGAAGUCCUCUAUUUUGGAGCACGAAAGACCAACCUAUGAUGACAUAGAUUUAGAGAACGAGCCUUGGUAUAAGUUCUUUUCCGAGCUGGAGUUUGGGCGGCCGCCUCCUAAAAAACGGCUGGAUUAUAAUCCAGACAUCUCCGCUCGCCAGCACAUUGAGACAUCCCUGCACAUCGCUCCUGCUGACAAGGCUCCAGAGAGACCUGCGAGUGCUGCCAGCGACUACAGGAAGAGAAGGAAGUCAGAGCCGUCAAGUUCCCAAGUGAAUGCUCAGUCUCAAAGCAGAGCUGCAGUUUCCCCUAAACCAGUGGAUGCCUACAGACCCAGCAGCAGCCUAAAGAAACCUGCCAUUCGUUCCUCACCAUCCUCACCCUCUAGAGCCAAAGGUGGGGACGCAUGCAACAUGUAUUCAAACAGUAUGACCUCCCCAGGUCCUUAUCAACACCCCUAUCUGCCCCCUGUCCCCUCUGACCCUGUCCAUUGCCAUGAGGAUGCCAGCCAGGAAGGCAGCUCCUCCUCCAAGCAAUCUGUCUGUUGUAAGAACAGUUGGCAGACAAAACGACAGAAUGCUGAGACAUGGAGCAGUGUGGAGGAGGUGCCACCCUCCCCUGGAAAGCUCAAGUCACGGAGCUGUGAUGAUUUACUCAGUGAUGGCCAUUCUGGCUCGGGCGGGCGCAAUGCCACUCGCUCAGAAAGUGCUGGGUCACUGGUGUGUGAUGGGAAUCCCUCAGGUUCGACUGGAUCCACUUCCAGUCGCUCAUUGCCACGACUCCACCGGCGAAGGGCGCAUGAUUCACCAGGCUUUCUCCAGCUCUAUCGUAAAAUGCACCAGAUUGACCGUGCCCAGCUCAUCCCAUCUGAAGUCAUUCGCUCAGUCCGUGCUCGCAUCCUGGAACUAGAGCGCCAACCUCACCUGCAUCGGCAUCGCCUCUCUCCUUGGACCCCCUCAUGGGGUGUGGAGGUGCCACGCGAUAUGGUGCCAAACCGCAUUUCUGAAUAUGAACGCCUUAUUCAGAAGUCCAAAUCCAUGCCCAACUUGGGUGAUAGUGAGGUGCCUUCAGGCACUACCACACCAGGCGGCUCAUCAUCUCGAGCCAGCAGUGGUGGUGGUGGCACACCCAGUUUUCCAAAACGCCGUUUUUCCAUAGAAUCUUUACUAGAGGAAGACAACAAUGGCAACAGUGGAACAGUACCUCACACUAUGGAUCAUUUGCAUCGACCUCGUAGCCCACCUGAGGGCCAGCCUCGUGUUGGACCAGAGCCCGGCCGUGGACGGUCAUUUCCUGCUCCUCCUGUCCCCCAAGGCCCUCAAGCCAAUCCAGAUUACUCUGAUAGUGAACAAGACGCUGUUGCGUCAGACCUCAGUGACUUCAUCCAGGUGGAGGGCUCCUCGUUUUGCAGUGAGAGUGACUUUGACCAUUGCUCACUAACCUCCUCUGAGAGCUUGUAUGGCUCUUCCACCCUCCACCACCACCACCUCCGCCAUCACCACCACCAUCACCACCACCACCCUGGUCACCAAAGUCUAGGCCAGAGCCAGGGCUACCAACACCGCCACCUCAUCAGCACCUGCAAAGGCCGCUGCCCGGCCUCUUAUACCCGUUUCACAACCAUGCUUCGCCAUGAGAGAGAACGAGCGCGGCAAGAGCACCAGAGACCUUCACAGCAGAGCCGCAGCAGCCAUUCUCAAAUCCAGAGCUCACAGUCCCAGCAAGCGAUGUCCAAGCUGGCCUUCCUGGUCAGCCCAGUGCCUUUCCGCAGGAAAAAGGGCUCACCACCUACCUCUAGAAGAAUCAGUGGUGGCGGAGGACGAGGUAGCAGACCCAAGUCCAAACAGGCCAUUUAUGAAGCGCUAGAUGCAGCCUUGAGAGAUAUAUAUGAGCACAUUCAAGCAGAGAGAGGCCACAGAGGCACAAGGGCACCUGAUGAUAGCAUCCUGAGGAGAAUACUGGCCGAAUUGCUGCCAAACGUGCCUGAACGAAGCUCCUCAUUGCGGGGGAGGAGGGGGUGUUGGCACGGGGGUCACUCCUCUGCAUCUUUGUUCCCAGAUGGGAGCCCCACUGGGUAUGCCUCAUACAGAGAGGAUCCCUCCACACCUCAGCUACAGUCACCACAGCUACAGUCACCAGUCAGUGCCUGUUACGGACGACACGCGGACACCUCAAACAAUAAUGAAUAUGGAGAGGAGCAGGGCAAUGGAAAUGGUCUCUGUUAUUCAGACCAGGAUGUAUCCAGGAGUUAUGCCACCAUGGAUGGACGCCACACACCCCAGAGUAGAAGGCCUACUCCUGACAGAGAGAAACAGCCCGCAAGAGCCAUUUAUGAUUUUAAGGCACAAACAGCUAAGGAGCUGACAUUUAAAAAGGGUGAUGCAGUGAACAUCAUCAGGCAAAUAGACAACAACUGGUAUGAAGGAGAGCACCGUGGACGGGUGGGGAUAUUCCCAAUAUCCUAUGUAGAGAAGAUGCCGUCCACUGAGAAGCAGCAGCCAGUCCGUCCUCCUCCUCCAGCACACGUCAGAGAGAUUGGAGAGGCAGUGGCACGCUACAACUUCAAUGCUGAUACUAACGUGGAGCUGUCUCUCAGAAAGGGUGAGAGAGUAAUUGUGAUAAGGCAGGUGGAUCAGAACUGGUAUGAGGGGAAGAUACCAGACACAACAAAACAGGGUAUCUUCCCUGUGUCCUACGUUGACAUCGUCAAGCGUUCACCGUCCAAGAGCUCCGCCCACCACAUAGAUCCACAUGGACACCCUGGCAACAGGACACCAAGCAGUACACCCAUCAAGCCUUUCUACCAUCUUCCUACAUCCUCCACCACCCGUGACCUCCCCUCCCCUCACCCCUCGUUGAGAAGGCUUGAUCUGCAAGCUGUCACCAAUGAGUGGCUGUCCCUCACAAUGGACACAUCAGUUUCCUCUCCAGCUCACUCCUUCACGCCCACCCCUCUAUCACCCACACCUGUACCACCCACACCUCCCCCUCUUCCAACUGACUUUGCACCCUUUCGAAAGGCUCAGGAACCUAAGACACCUUCACCUGCACCAGCACAAAGAGGCUUUGCUCUUCCACCCCAGAUAUUUUCCAGAACUCCGCCUUUUAAAGAAGAGAGACUCAGUUUAGGUCACACCCCAUUUGUUCCACCUCUCUCCCAACCUCCUCCUCUUCCUCUUCCUCUUCCUCUUCCUCCUCCCCCUCCCCCUCCUCCUCCUCCUCCUCCUCCUAUCCCUCAUUCCUCACUGACCUCUCCACCGCCUGACUCCUCUCUCCAACACAGCAGCAGCAGAGUGUUCACUGAAACUCCCCAAAUAUCUCACAUUGCUAUACCAGAGGUUUUGUUCUGCACAGUGCCAGAGCCAUUAAGGUCACCCUCACAAAUUUCACAGCGGCACAAGUCCAUCUCACCAGAAACUCACAAAAGCAGCAAGUCCCCUGACAUGGAGCUGCAAGUAAAAGACCCUUAUGACGAGCUGUUAUCGAUGAUUCUGGGUGGCUCUGCCAGUACAGAUGAUGUUGACUUUUCAAGAUUGUCUCCGGUAGAUUCCCCACCGGCUACGUUAACGAGCGAAUACCAGAUCAGGUUUAAGCUAAAAGCAGAAGAAUCCCAUCAGCCAGCAGGGAAAUCACCAGUCACUCCAGCCAGUGAACCAGCAGGCAGCGUUCGGUUAGAGGUGCAGUUUCACAAGCCUGUGACGAUGGAGCCGCUGUCCUCUACUUGGGGAGGGCAGCCAAAAACUCUGAAUGCCAGUGAACCAGUCGAGUCUCAAAGACCACCGUCAGUCAAGGGGAAAGGAUAUACUGAGUUGUUCAUUGAGGAAGAGGAUGAAGCUUUAGACGAGAAAGACAAGGAUGUUAGAGUUUUAAGUGAAAGACUCAGUCCUCAGGCUGAUGUCUCUCCUUCCAUCCUGACACGGCUUUCUCACCCCAGCCUCUCCUCACCCUCCAAAACACCACCUCUGACCUCCUUACCUCCUCCUUCUUCUUCUUCUACCUCUUCUUUCACUCCUCCUUCGUAUACUUCCUCGCACUCACAACAGCACGAUCACAGCACCAUCCCUCCACCCCCCCCUUGUUCCCCUCGGCCUCCAACCCUUCCUCGCCUCUCAACAUCGCCCCUACCUCCAGUCUCUCCCUCUCCACGUGUCUCACCACCUACCCUCCACUCCGCUCACCCCUCUCCAAACGUUCUAUCACAGCAUUUAGUCUCUCAACCCUCAAGCUCUCCCUGUCCCUCUCGUCUGGUUACAUCCUGCCGUGACUCAGAGUCCCCUGUUCCCCUUCCCACCCCAUCUUCCCCUAAACCUGCCUCUCCUCCCCUCACUACUCCGCGCUCUCCCCCAACUCCCCCUUCUGUACUCCACCCAGGACAUAGGUCUCCCAAGGUGAAGCAGGAUCCAGUUGUUGGUGGUAAACCUCCUCGUAGCCCCAUCUUGUCCCGGAGGUCCUAUCUGUCACCCAUUAGAGGUCGAAGGCGAUUAGUACAGGAUGCGCUCCACGGUGGAGGAGACCCAUACCAGGCCCUGUACAACUACAUGCCUCGCAACGAGGACGAGCUGGAGCUGAGAGAGGGAGACAUUGUUGAUGUGAUGGAGAAGUGUGACGAUGGCUGGUUCGUUGGGACUUCUCGAAGGAGCAAGCUGUUCGGAACCUUCCCAGGAAACUAUGUGAAGCAGCUAUAAUGAUGAUUCCAGACUCGCCUCCUCCCCUGGCCCCGCCCCUUUCUGUGACACGUUCAUCGCCCUCAGCACAGCACCUGCAGGACACCCCAACCCCACCCACCCCCAACAGCGGUCAACAAGAGACCUGUCGCACAUUAUGUGUUUGCGUGUAUGUGUGGCUCCUUGGCUUCACAUAGACAGAACAUUUAGCUCUAACUAGCCAUCUUUAAUGGAAGACUUCUAUAAAAUAAUGUUGUUUUUUUAAAACUUAUCUUUUUAUCCUUAUUUUUCUAUCAUGGAGAACCCAAACUUUGUGCUCCAGUCAGUGACCUUUAACUUUUGACAGUGAUGGAAUGAUAUUAGAGGAACUUUGCAAAACGCUCACUGAUAGUGAACAGUGCAAGGCAGUGAUGCUUUUCUCUCUGUUUCAAACUGUUUAAGGGCGGUAAUGAUCACCACGAUCACCUUUUGUUAUUUUUCAACAGUAUCUCUACCUUAAAAUCACUUAUUACAUUUCAUUUCAGUGUUCAAUUACAAAUAUCCCCAAAGAUAUUCAGUGCAGAGAGUGUUGCACAAACAGUAUUCUGUCAGCAGGUCUGUCAUAUGGAGUGUGUUGUAGGGUUUGCAGCCAACUUGUUGCAUCAUCAUGUCAAGUUAAAGGAGUUACAUGUAGAACAGACAGUGCAUGUAUCAAUGUUAUGUGUUACAGUGUAUUGAUUGGUUGAUAGUAGUUUGGGGAUAUUAUUCAUCAUAAUCAAGCAAUUAUUUCAAAUAUUGCAAAUGAGGAAUUGGACAAACACAAUUGACACUGGUCUACUUGCUGUCUAAACCUAAUACAUUAGAUUUAAAGUAUAAGAUUAGAAACAUCUUCACGCUAGGAUUGAUGCACUUUAACGAAAUUUUAACACAACUUUGUGUUUGUUUUGUUUCAAAUUUCACUUACUAUGACUGGGGCUUUUGGGGGAUAUUGGUCAUGUGUGGAAAGUGUAUGCAAAAAGGUCACUGACCUUUUAGGUAUUAUAUUUAUUAGAGGACGAACGCUGGUCAAACUGUGUUAUAAGAUGAUUUUAGAAAGGAUGGAACAUGUUGCUUUUUUUUAACAUAUUCUAACAGCAGCAAACCCACAUGUGAAGGAUUCUUGUUUUAUUGUCAUGUAUCAUUGGUACUGAGACUGAGAAAUAACACGAGAGUUGAUGGGCUAUAAUGAAUUACCAGGUGUCAUGUUGUUUUAUGUUAAAUUUAUUUAAGUCUGAUACAGGAUGAGAUUGCAUUUUAUCAAAACUUCAGUCAUGUAACUGCAGUUUUUCCACUAGACUUUGGUGGCUUCUUUUAACCCUGUUGUCAGAGUGAAUAGGUAGUGUGUCACUGUUCAUGUGUUUAUAUUCUAUUUGGAAUUAUUGGCAGUUUCCAUCUUGGCUUGUCAUGCUCAGUGAAUAUGAUUUUUUUUUUUUUUUCGUCUCAUUUUGUGUUUUACAGACAAUGGACACUGACAACAACACAAAUGUUAAAGCACCUUAAAAUAUAUUUUGUUUUAUCAUUCAUUGUCCUUCAUGUCACCCCCCUGUCACCCACUAUUUCAGAUGGUGUGAGAACACUUUGUGUGUGUGUGUUUGUCUGUGGUGUUUUUGUAAGCCUUUUGUAUGAGAGCUGUAAAAUGGCCAACAUCCACUUGCUUUAUAAAGUCAGCUUUUUCUCACCCACCAUCACA